AUGGCGCCACAAAACGGCUUUCCGAACCGGCCUGGCCUGAGUUGUGGGUCUGAGAUCAAGUCGCUAAGGUCUGAAGUUUUGGAUGAUUUUGCCCAAUCCUGCACCAUCGAGACUUCCACCGACAGAGGGCUCGUAGGUCUACAGUCUCCAAGACGGUUCGUCGGUGGGAAAUAUGGCGCUUCUGCCGCCGGCAUACGCGAUCUCUCGAACGACCUUUGCUCCGCGCCGUGGCCGUUGGGUCGGCGCCCGAUGCACACGACUUCGGUCGACUUCAUCCCAUUCGGUGAUCUGGCCGAGGUAGGCCGGGCCGCUGGUGGUUAUCCGUUGGCUCGAUGGAGUUCUGAGAAUCGCGAUCAGUUCACCGAUCCUGCAAGUCUCCGCUUGAUCCCGACUAACGGCAAAGUAAGGGCGCGUAGGCCGCGGGCCCGGGCAUUUCAGCUUUCUGUGACGGCCGAGGCGGAGAGAGGGUCGCCGGUCGAUCAGUUACCAAGCGAUGCCAAGACACGAAGUGAAGCGGUACCAACUCUGCUGAGCUGGUCAGAGGAUGCGACAUUGCCGGCAGCAUUGGAAGUGACAGAUCAACGAUCGCAAGUGAGGAAGAUUACGGAGUAUCAGGUACGCUCAACUUUUGUUGACCACACUUCCAGCUCGAGUGGUCGUGUGUGA